AUGAGGAACGGUGACCACCAAGACUGCGAAAAACUUGAUGCCCUGGACAAGGCCUUGCUCGACGAAAGCGUGGAUCCAGUCGAUCUACCUUUCUCGCUCCUCAAGUUAGUCACGCAGGAUUUCUCUGAAGCUCGAGAAAUCGGCAGGGGCGGGUUUGGAGCGGUCUACAAGGGAGUGCUUCCAAGUGGUAGCACCGUUGCCGUGAAGAAGCUCUUCGAGAGCUUCCAGAUCCUGGACAAGAAUUUCCGGAGCGAGAUCGCCUGUCUCAUGGGGGUCAAGCACAAGAAUAUCGUACGGUUUGUUGGAUACUGCUCUGAUACGCAGCACGUGAUCAGGCCGUACGACGGGAAGCUUGUCUGGGCAGAGGUGCGGCAAAGGCUUCUCUGUUACGAGUACCUGCACAAAGGGUGCCUUGCUGACUAUCUCUCUGAUGCAUCUUGUCGACCUAUGUGGACCAUAGAUUAUCAAAUAAUUAAGGGGAUCUGUGAGGGUGUACAUUAUCUUCAUCAACAUCGUAUUAUUCACAUGGAUCUCAAGCCUCAGAACAUACUAUUGGAUGAUAACAUCGUGCCAAGACUUAUUGAUUUCGGUCUAUCACGGCGCUUAGAUGAAAGCAAGAGUCGGGCUAUUACUAUAAGCACGGUUGGGACGAGGGGAUAUAUGGCACCGGAAUUCAUAGAUGACGGAGAAAUUACCUUCAAAACAGACAUAUAUAGUUUGGGCAUCAUAAUUAUGGAGAUCCUUACGAGACGUAAGAAGCGCUCCAAUUUGAAGGAGGUAGUUGAAUGUUGGAUGAACAAGUUCGGGGCAUCAGAGAGCCAGACAACACUGAACCAAGUAAAAGUGCAACCACUCACUAGUAAGCACAUACACUCGAACAGUAAUUAUAUAGUGAUUUCUGCUAACCUUGUUUUCAUUUUUAUUGCAAAUAAACUUUGCCUCCAAGCACAGCAAUGA